AUGGCGGCCUUGGCCAUGCGAAAGUACAGCAGAGUGGCGCGGGCAGCCGAAGCAAAGGCAAAAAAGCAGCCGCUUCGUGACAUGACGGCACCAGAGACUGCGGAUGCCAUUCGUGAGGAUCGCAAGAAGGGCGCCAAACGAGUGCGUGGAGGAAGCAAAGGGCAGAGGUUCUUCAGCGUCCGCAACCGCAAGUUCUGGAACUUCACCAACUGGCCGCGCACAUAUUGGGCCCGCAAGUGGGAGAAGAAGGACUUCUUCUAUGCCGCCAUCUUCGGUCUGAUCCAUGCAGGAGCCUGCCUCGCACCGUUCCACUUCACGUGGAAGGCCUUUGCGUGCUUCUUCUUCGGCUAUGUCCUCACGGGAAUGUUUGGUAUCACACUGUCGUACCAUCGACAGCUCGCCCACCUCUCCUUCAAGAGCCCCAAGAUCGUGGAGUACUUCCUUGCCUACUGUGGCUGUCUGGCGGUGCAGAGCCACCCCAUCAACUGGGUGUCCUCGCACCGCCAUCAUCAUGGGGCAACGGACACGGCCAACGAUGUCCACUCCCCCAAAGAUGGCUUCUGGUGGGCCCAUGCCGGCUGGCUGCUGGACCAGAAGGGCACAUGGAUGAGGGUGGACCGUUCCAACGCCGAUGACCUGAACAAGCAGUGGUUUUAUCGCUUCCUGGCGAAGACCUAUCCCAUCCAUGCCCUCGUCCUUCCCAUCGUCGGGCUCUACCUCUUUGGUGGCCUCCCUUGUGUCCUCUGGGGCUUCUUUGCCCGAGUCGUGUGGACAUGGCACGUGACCUGGGCCGUGAACUCCGUGAGUCACGUCUGGGGAUUCCAGGACUGGAACACAGGCGACAUCUCCAUGAACAAUUGGCUGAUUGGCAUCCUGGCAUUCGGUGAAGGCUGGCACAACAACCACCACGCCUUCGAGACUUCCUGCAGGCACGGGCUGUGGCUCGGCAAGCCUCCAGUGCGCUAUCCCCUUAUAUACAGGGUACACAAAGUUGGAUUUUAA